AUGAAGUUACUGAACCUGUACAUCAAGCGAGCUCAGACCACCAACAGCAACAGCAGCAGCUCCUCAGAUGUUUCCUCACACAGUUAACCUGCGAAGAGCCGCCAAGCCCCGCCCCCUGCUCCCCCGCCGCCGCCGCCGCUGGACUCACCGGACCUGCUCCCCUCCUCCAUAAACUGCAGCUCUGCCAUGUUCUCCUCCUGAGGUGGAGCUGUUCUCCUGUUUGCCCUGUCAGAGCUGGAGGAGGAGGAGGAGGAGGAGGAGGAGCCCCGCCCCCUCCACCCCCCAGGAGGAGACCAACAGUUUGUCAUUUGGCUGGCCCAGUGAUGGUAAGAAGAUCAGACUGAUCAUGACUCGCUGCAGCUCCAGCUUCUCUUCUUUUAUUUUAUUUUUAUUUUAUUUUAAUGAGUUUGUUGAAGAAAGCGUCUAAAAACACGACAUCAUAAACUGACAGAUGAACUCUGACUUCCUGUUGAGAGAAUUAAACUCUACARUCAGCUCGUUCUGAGCACGCUCACUGGCUCUGUCUGAGCAGGAAGUGACUGACUCCAGGAUUUAUAUCCAAUAAAUUAGACUUUUUCAGAUCAUUUCAAAAUAAAAGUGACGGCAGAAGAACUGAGGAGGAAGAUGUUUGUUCUUCAGUUUUCAGAUUAAAAGCACACUGACGUUCUCAUGAACCCAACAUUUGUUCUGUUUUAUUCUCACUGCAGUUUAGGAUUAUUGGAGUUUUUUUUACUACAAAGUAAGAUCGUUCCUGAAACGKUCUGAGAGCACUUCCUUCAGUCCUUCACAAUAAGAGUCUUAAACGUACGUACUGAAUCCCAGAUCAUCCAAAACUUAAAUUAUUAUUAUUUUUCUCCAGAUGAACUUGUGUUCAAAUCGUGUUUUGAUGAAUUAUGUGUCUUUAAGGUAGACGUUUCUGACAGGAUGUCUACAGGUGUGUUUGUUUACCUACAGAAACAGGAAGUGACUGAAACCAGGUCAAAUGAAAGAAAAAACAGUUUUUAAAUGGCUCCACAUCAUCGUCGUUUAACCCAGUUUCUUUUCUUUAGCAGCAGAUUCAGAAUAAAUCACAUAAAAAAUCUGUAAUCUUUAAUAAAUAAUAAUUAUAAUCCUUUAAUUUAAAAGCUCAGAACCUUUCUACUCAAAGUUCUGCUUGUGUUUCCAGACUGAAACCAACCGUCUCUGUGGGUUCUAUACCCAUACCUCUGGGUUCUAUAAAACAUGACUCGGCAGGUCAUUCUAGACUGUAAAACAUGACUCGGCAGGUUAAUCUAGGUUCUAUAAAACAUGACUCUGUAGGUCAUUCUAGACUGUAAAACAUGACUCAGCAGGUUAAUCUAGGUUCUAUAAAACAUGACUCGGCAGGUCAUUCUAGGUUCUAUAAAACAUGACUCGGCAGGUUAAUCUAGGUUCUAUAAAACAUGACUCGGCAGGUCAUUCUAGGUUCUAUAAAACAUGACCCAGCAGGUUAAUCUAGGUUCUAUUAAACAUGACUCGGCAGGUCAUUCUAGGUUCUAUAAAACAUUACUCGGCAGGUCAUUCUAGGUUCUAUAAAACAUGACUCGGCAGGUCAUAGUAGGUUCUGUAAAACAUGACUCGGCAGGUCAUUCUGGGUUCUAUAAAACAUGACUCGGCAGGUCACUGUAGGUUCUGUAAAACAUGACUCGGCAGGUCAUUCUGGGUUCUAUAAAACAUGACUCGGCAGGUCAUAGUAGGUUCUGUAAAACAUGACUCGGCAGGUCAUUCUGGGUUCUGUAAAACAUGACUCGGCAGGUCAUAGUAGGUUCUGUAAAACAUGACUCGGCAGGUCAUUCUGGGUUCUGUAAAACAUGACUCGGCAGGUCAUUCUAGACUGUAAAACAUGACUCGGCAGGUCAUUCUAGACGCUAUAAAACAUGACUCGGCAGGUCAUUGUAGGUUCUGUAAAAUAUGACUCGGCAGGUCAUUCUGGGUUCUAUAAAACAUGACUCGGCAGGUCAUUCUAGACUCUGUAAAACAUGACUCGGCAGGUCAUUCUGAAUUCUGUAAAACAUGACUCGGCAGGUCAUUGUAGGUUCUGUAAAACAUGACUCGGCAGGUCAUUGUAGGUUCUGUAAAACAUGACUCGGCAGGUCAUUGUAGGUUCUGUAAAACAUGACUCGGCAGGUCAUUCUGAAUUCUGUAAAACAUGACUCGGCAGGUCAUUCUGGGUUCAGUAAAACAUGACUCGGCAGAUCAUUUUGGGUUCUGUAAAACAUGACUCAGCAGGUCAUUGUAGGUUCUGUAAAACAUGACUCGGCAGGUUAAUCUACGUUCUGUAAAACAUGACUCAGCAGUAAAAACCUGCACAUCCACACCUGAUGUUUUUGUAAAUACACUUUCAGCCGCUGCUCCACAG